AUGUCUCUACAUCAAACAUUCCAAUCUUGGUUGGCAUCCACUCCACGACUCUUGCUUGAUUUUCGACCUCUAACUUCUCACUUCACAAAGCGCAUAAUUCCGUCUACAUGUAUCCCACUCUCUGAAAUAUCUUGUCUUUGGUUCGAACUACCAACAAAGCAAGUUCCAUUUGCAGUAUUGGAACCACAUACUAAUGUGGGUUGCAGCAAAAAGUACUUGAUCACUAGAGGAUGGAAGGUAAACUGGAUAUUUGAAGACACUGACGAGCUGUGGGAAAUUGCGAGAGAGUCUAACUGCGUGGAAGAAGGAGACGGGAGCAGCAAUAAACGGCAACAAUGGGUGCUAUUCCAACCGAAUCCGUUUCUAAUGUCUAAUGUCGAGUCUGUCGAACAAUCUCUUUUGAAAUUGGGAGAUCACACAGGAUCAUUCACCUUAGAGUGCUUGGAUAUUGGGUGUGGAAGUGGCAGGGAUACGGUAUGGCUAUGUGCUAUCAGGAAUGAAGUGGACUGGCGCGUGACGGCUGUCGAUGCGUGGCCAGGUGCGUUAGAGAGAACAAGGGCUUUGGCCAAAGGAUUGGGCGUUGAGAAGAGGGUUGAGACGGUUAACGCGAAGGUUAUGGCCGAUGGUGAUAUUAGAGGAAUAAGUGAAGGCGAUAAUGCUGACUAUGGCGAUAAGAGUGGCUUGAAUGUCAAAGAAGUAGGGAUUGGCCGUUGCAUCGACCUAAGCAAUAACGAUGCAUCUGUUGUUCGAACACAUGACUCAACACCUGCUAUUAUUGCCAACGAUAUUCUUCCCAAUCGACCGCAGUUCAGCUCAACUCCGACAUCACUGCCGUUCUUGGAUCGCACAUACGACUUGGUUCUAAUGAUCCGGUUUCUAUCGAGAGAGUUGUUUCCUACAAUCCGUCGAUUGGUUAGGCCGGGCGGAUAUGUGUUGAUUAGUACUUUCGUGAAUUCACCAUCUCAUCCUUUGUAUUCGAAUCCUAAAUCUAACAAACAUCGGUUAGAAUUGAACGAGUUGAGAGGCAUUUUUGAGAAAUGGGAUGACUUUGAUAUCGUAAAGGAUGUUAUUGAAGUUAUUGAAGAUGGGCGACCUGUUAAUUCUUUUCUUGCGCGGAAGGUUGUUGGACAUUCCAUGUC